AAUGGAUUCACGUAGUCCAAAACAAACCAGUUGCCGAACACAUAUCAGUUUAGCCUGAUAAAGAUUUGGUAUUCUCAAAGUUUGUCACGUGUAGGCAAAAUUGAAGCUACCGACGUACACCCUAUAUCCUGAGUUUCACAACAACUUUAGAAAUGGAGGAAAGCACGUUUACAAUUUCAUUCCGAAAAGAGCUCAACACGCGUAUGGGAACGUUACUCAGUCAAACGGUGGAUGAAGUGAUCGACGUGAUGCAAGCUAGUUUUACACAACUUAAAAAACAACUGAACGACUCUUUACAGAUGUCAGCAGAGAAAGUCGUGGUUAAUGUCUGUCCAUCUCUGAAGUGCCGUUGGGUCGUUGUAUGGGUUCUCUGCGAAAAACGUUACUGGCUGUCGAAAAGUCAGGUCGCCGACGUCAUUCACCGUGAACGGACCAGUACCGAGGACGGAGAGAGCAGAGUACUUCAGUUAGCGGCGGAAGAAGCUGAAAAUGAAUUUGUCACUUACGACUGUGAUGACAACGAUAGCACAAACACAGGUCACAUGCAGACCACGGCUGCCAUGGCGAUACCAAAGCAGACCCAGAUCCACCAUAAGGUGGCAGUGGAUCAAGCCUCCAUCACCCCCCUCCACACAUGCAGCCUGUGUGGCAAGAGCUUUGACCGCGAGUGGAAGCUGACGAGACACAGAGAGGGGAAGUUCACGCAGGUACACAAUAUCCUACCAUUGUGCCUUUAAGCAAGGCACUUAACCUCAACUAUGGUGCUGCACUGUGGCUGACCCUGUUUGCUCCUCUCAAAAUGUGUAUGAUGUGUGGUUUGAGAGCAAAGCAGAAGACUAAUUUCAGAUGUGCCAAUUGGCUUAGUAACGGUUUCAUUGUGUGCCUGUGGCUGGGUAACGCUGCCGCCUGCAGCAGAUCUACACCACCCCAGCAUGGGUACGGAUCAAGACCCCAGCAUGGGUACGGAUCAAGACCCCAGCAUGGGUACGGAUCAAGACCCCAGCAUGGGUACGGAUCAAGACCCCAGCAUGGGUACGGAUCAAGACCCCAGCAUGGGUGGAGACCCUGUGCCCUCGCUGUGGCCAUAUGGUUCAGGAUGAUGCUGAUGCACCUACGUGUCCACACGGGAGAGAAGCCUCACUCCUGCUCCGACUGCAACAAGACCUUCCACAGACUGGAAUCUCUUAAGAAACACAAGCUACUACACCAAGGGGUGAAGGCCUACGCCUGCCCCCGGUGCCCGCGCACCUUCUUCCGUUCCGAUGGACGCAAGCAACACAUGCUCACCCACCAGCAGGACAGGCCCAAGCCGUGCAUGUGCUCGCACUGCGGCAAAGCCUUCUCCAACGCCACGGCGGUCGCCGCCCACGAGCGGACACACACGGGAGAACGGCUGUUCCCGUGCCAGCAGUGCGAGAGAUGUUUGCGACCGCCGGUAUGAUGAGGGCGCACGCCCUGUGCCACCUGAGUGAGCGACCUCACCCGUGUCCCCAGUGUGAGAAGAGCUUCUGAACAGUGCAUGAUCUGAGGAGUCAUCAGCUGGUACACUGUGACACGAGGCCCUUCCUGUGUGAGAAGUGUCCCAAGGCCUUCAGGACAGCCAGGAUUCUGCGUAACCACAAGGUUCACCACAUGGAGGACCGUGACCACGCCUGGGAGGACUGCAACAACACCUUCAAGACACCCUAGCACCUGAAGCUCCACCGCAGGAUCCACUCGAAGGACACGCUCUACGUCUGUGGCAAGGGAUUUCGCCGGCCCGACCGACUCACCCUCCACCACCGUACUCACGCCGCCGAGCCCAAGCCCGGGAAGACGCGCCACGAGUGUUACAUGUGCCCCGCUGGCGUUCACCAAGGAGAGACACCUCACUGUUCACCUUAAAGUGGAGCACGGUGUUGGACCGCCCACCCCCCCGGGUCAAGGUCAAAGUUGAACUGUCAUCUGGGUUCGAGCCGAAGACUAGGACUGUCCAGGUCAAACACAAACUGCCUUCGUUCAGAUGUGACCUGUGUCGGGUUAGUUUUACAAGUCUGAACCAUCUGGAUAACCACACCUGUGACGAGGACAGACGGAGUCAGAGAAACAAACAGUUACAGCAGAACAAGAGGAUCGCAAUGAAGUCAGAGCAGAGUUUGGUGUUGAAAGAAGAAAACAAUGUGUUCCUGUCUUAUAGACAACUUCUGUCAGUGUCUAGUAGGACACUCCAUAGACAACAGCUUGUGUCAGGGCCAGGGAGUGCUGUAGCAGGGAAUACAGGUCUAGGACCAGUUGUUAGCCCGCAGCUUGUGUCAGGGCCGGGGAGUGCUGUAGCAGCAAGAACAGGUUUAGGAACUGUUGUUAGACCGCAGCGUGUGUCAGGGCCAGCAGGAAGAACAGAUCCCAGGCCUGUUUUAAUGAUGGUAGCCAACCAGGAAGUGGGACAGCCUCUGACCUUGUUCCAAGCACCUGUUGUGAGGUUCACAACUCCUGGUAAGAGUCACAGCACCAUCUACAGGCCAAACAGUGAAACAGCAACAUCCUCUAGGACUAGUUUACAUGCCUGUGGGAUCAGCCACACCCAGACCAGUAGUAGCAGUAUCUCUAACCACAUCCAAACCAGUAGGGUCACUAGUAAAUCCCUUAGCAAAACCUCUAGUGACACAAGUCUCACCUGUAGCAGCCAAACCAGUAGUAACACCACCGGUCACCUCCAUGGCCAGACCAGAAGUAACACCACCGGUCACCUCCAUGGCCAGACCAGAAGUAACACCACUUCUUGAUCACAACUAUGGCAGCACCAGUAACUCCCAGGCCUAGAACAAACAGAAGCAAAUGUUUUUGUAUUUUUUAUUGUCAAAUAAAUCAUAUCAUAUAUAAAAACAGGGAGGGACCUACCUGAAUUUGUCCAAUAGAAACUCGUUUAUGUAGCUUUUUUUUCCCCAAAACGUUUUGCUACAGUGUGCAACUAAUGAAUUCACCCAUAGCUACUACUCCUCCAUGGUAACAGUUGGCUGAAGUAAACCCUGAUAUGAGGUGUCAAUGAAAAGACCCAUUGAAGCGUAUCUCU